UCCUUUCUACUCAUGGCCUUUAUACUCUGGGGAACAAUCGCCCUUCUACUUCUUGUGGCAUAUAUCAGUUUGGACGUCAUGGGUUUUCUCCCAAAAAGGAACAAGUUCCAGAUCGAGGGACAGACUGUCAUUCUGACUGGCGGGUCUUAUGGCAUGGGCCGCGAGGUCGCGAGACUGAUCUCGGAACGCGGCGCAAACCUCAUCCUCGUCGCCCGAGACCCCAAGAAGCUCGAAAGCGCACUCGAAUAUGCCAAAUCGCACGCAAAGAACCCUUCGACCCAAAGAUUCCACUACAUCUCCGCCGACGUCACCUCGGAUGCAGAGAACGGACGCAUCCUCGAAGAAGCCACAGCCUGGAACAAUGGACGGGUUCCUGAGGUUGUCUGGACAAACGCCGGCGCAUCCGUUCCAGAGCUGUUCCUCGAGCAGAGCCACGAGACCAUGCACAAACAAAUGGAUCUGAAUUACUGGGCGCAUGUGUACCUGGCCCGCAGGACACUCAAGGCAUGGCUCUACCCGGAUACUCCAUACCAGCCGAAAGAGAAAGGCGCAAAGCCCGAGCCGCCUCGUCACUUCAUUUUCAGUCUAUCUGUGAUUGCAUUCUAUCAGGUAGCUGGAUAUGGUCAAUACGCCGCCUCAAAGUCGGCCCUGCGCGCGACGGCCGAUAUGUUACGCCAGGAAGUUCUCUUGUACAAUGGAGCACGACGCUCGAAUACUCAGACGAAGCAAGUUCCUGCCCCUUUCGACGUGCACAUCAGGACCGUUUACCCCGCGACCAUCAACUCGCCCGGUUUUGCUGUAGAGAACGAGACUAAGCACCCCGCUACCCUGGCUAUUGAGGAAACCGACCCUGUCCAAACAGAGAUCGAGGCAGCACAGGGCGCAAUCCGAGGACUGGAGGCUGGUAACUACAUGACGCCUACUAGUCUGUUGGCAGAUGCCAUCAGGAUGAGUACGCUGGGUGGUCAGCCCAGAGAUAAUAUUAUCAAGGACACCAUCGGUUCAUGGAUAACGAGCAUUGUCUGGCUCUUCAUGGGCCCGGAUCUGGACGGCAAGGUAUGGAACUGGGGAAAGAAGGAGGGCAUGCCCGAGCUCAAGCCUUCAACGAAGAAGUGAGAAGCUUUCGUCCUAGUGUCUUAUGCGUGUUCUCAAGGAGACAACGUCGAAGCGAAAGAAAAGCUGUGAAACUUAGAAAGCAAGCCUAAAGACUCAACAAUAGUUUUCUAUAACUGUAACGAAAUCUGACUAUCAUUGGUGAAUUAUAUGGCGCUUAGAUUGUGAUGGUAAGAGCGUAUUGCCUGGGCGCAUGAUUACCUUUUCAAAUGUAAACGCAUUUCUUCAUUAAAGCUUCUAAAGAUCGACCCUCUCAACAGAUUUGUAAUCGAAUUAGCUAGAUGUUGGCUUCAUUUUCUCCCACUUG